UUAGGUUGACAAAAAAGAAAAUAAUAACAGAUGUGAAGAGAGUUAUCGAUUUCUUUUUUUGGUUUUUCGUUGAAAUUUUAAAAUUUUAAUUUAAACUCCAAAAUGAUGGAACGGAUACGAGAAAGUGGCCGGAGACUUCAUCAAGUCUAUCGAGAAACUAUCGAAUGGAGGAAUCCGCUUACUGGAUUAUAUUUGAUGGCUGUUAAUUCGGCUUUUUGGAUCGGUGUGAUCUACUGUGAUCCUCGUAUCCAAGAAGCUCUUCUAGCAACUGCAUCCGCCGGAGUUUUUGCCUGGGAUAUUCUACUUUCCUCUUCAAAUGAUCGUUCAAUCAUCACACAUCUUUUAAUGUGGCCAUUUCAAUCUAUAUUCAGAACGCUGUCAGUCGGUGGAUCAGUCUACAGCAUUCAUUUAUUACGUGCUGAGCAAGUUCGGUUGGCUUGUUACGCUGCUUAUGCAACUUUAGCGUGUCUCCUUGUAAAUCCAGUGUGGGAGCACAACGAAGUCAACUCGAAAAUAGCGUCAGCAACGCGGCGGACAGUUUCCUGGUUUGGAAGUUGGAUUCAAUAUCUUAUUAUUACUCCAGUUGUUACUGUAUAUGAGUAUACUAAAUAUAUUGUGCUCUUCCGAUGGGUUCCACCUCUAAUCGCCUACGUAAAGCAUUUUAUCUUCAAUUUCCGUGAAUCAUGUCGUGAACUCGUCAAUGGUAUCAAAAACUGGAUCCACGUGGCGAUCGUAGAACGAACAAAACGAGUUGCUCAGAGAAUUCGUCAAUUCCUCAGAUAUUGGUUUUGUGCAGAAUGGUGGCCGACGUUGAAAGAGUGGCUGAAAUUGAAUAUCGGUGUUCCCCUCCGCUACCUUUUCGAUCAACUUUGUUUCGUGUUUGUCUAUAUUUUCUGUGCUCACUGGUUCCCACCACUCUGGAAAUUCAGUGUUAAGCAGUUGAAAUCACUUGGAGCAUUGGCUUAUAAGCAUAUUUGGGUUCCGGUUAAGGGAUUCCUAUUGUGCCAAUUUGAAAAACUCCGUUGCUGGCUCCGCGACACCCUUCAUCGAAUUGCAAUUUCCGUGCGAGACUCGAUUCUCUGGCCAAUUUGUUGUCUGAUGGUUGAGGUGGGGAAGCAGGUCUCGAUUUUUGUGUACCACUUGCUCCUGGAGCCCAUUGUAAAUUAUCUCCAUAGUCGAUAUAAAAUCAUCGAGACAAGUGCAUUAAUCCACGUAAUUGGCCCAGUCUGUGAGACAGUUAUCGAUCAUAUUCCCGAGAAAAAUCCAUUUUGUGAAGAAAGCGAUGUGGAACUCGAAGGAUUUCUUCCAGAAGUGAACGAUGAAACCGAUCUCGAUGAGAAUCAUGUGGAUGAUGAUGAUAAUGAAGAUAUUCAAUCGGAAUUGUCUUCUUCGCCGAUUCCAGAAGAAGAAUUCGAAUUCGAACGAGGUCUUCAAUUCUCAGCAAUCAAUGGAUCGGAAUCCAGUGAUGAGGAAUUCGAUUUGGAUGCUCCGAAAGUAAAAACCAUCCGACGGAGGCGACGAGAACCUAAAAAAUCAGAAGUGGCCGCCGAUGACGAAUAUGAGCUUCUCGAAUAGUCUCAAUUGCAGUUUUAAUUCUGAAAAUCCUUUCCUACCAAAAUCUACCCAUCGGGUUAAUAUGUAGCACUCACCAUAAUUAGAUUUUUUUGCAUAACCUGUAAAUAAUUUUUUUGCCAUGCAUUUUAAAUUUUGCAAUGUUUUAUCUACAAGAAAGUCAAAAGAAAUUGAUCCAAAUUUAAAAAUGUAAUAAAUAAAUAAAAAAUUAUUCCGG